AUGUCUGAAAAGGCAAAGGGAAUCGUGUCGUUGCGCAAGAAGAAGACGACCAAGCGUCCGCAGAUCAGCGCUCCCCGUCAGAUAGUCACCAACCAGCAGGAGCUGGCCCCUCCGCCGUCGCAACAACAAGCCGCCGACACUGCCCCUCGCAACAACAGCCAGACCAGCCAGGCCAGUCUCCCUGUACCCCGUCCGAGACCCUCGCUGGGAGGCCCCGACCGUACUGCCGACUUGGUCAAGCGUCGUUACUCUACCCGUUUUGCCAACUACCCCCAGGAUGCCGAGCGAGCCCCCUCUGUCCCAAGCAUCCCUGCCCACCUCGCCAACUCACGUCCCAAUCGCUCGCCCGACCGUCGCGGCGAACACAUCAGGCUCGAUGUCAACGCUCUGCGCGAUCCCGACCUCCAAGCCGACCAAUACGUGAGUCUGCUCUUGCAAGAUGCCUCCGAGGCCGACAUCCACGCCUACCAACAGGACCUGCGCAACCUCAAGAACCGCACUUCCUCCGAUCUGCAAACAAAUGUCUACCAAAACCGUACCCAGUUCAUCCACAUCUCGAACGAGGCCGACAAACUCAAGUCCGAGAUGCACACCUUGAGGGCUCUGAUGUCCGACCUCACCGCCGUACUAUCGCACGCUACCUCUGCUGCUGCGAGUACAGAAGACCGUACUGUUCAGCAGAACAGAAAGCGCCAAAAUCGUUCCAGUCUCGCAAACCUAGAAGCCCUGUGGUCCACCCACCUGCAGGCCAUGUGGAAACGCGUCGAAGGCUCCCAGAAGUUCCUCCCUGCUGUCCCUGGCCGUCACAUCGUCUAUGAGUCUGGCCGCUGGCUCGAGUUGAAUGCUGCCACUUGGAAGCCUCGCCGUCGCGUCCAUGUCAUUCUUCUCAACGACCACUUGCUAUUGGCCAGUGAGAAGAAACGCUUCGAUUCCCCCGGCGUCUCCGCCAGUCCCCAGAACAAACGUGCUUCCGUCUUUCAGCAACCUCAGACGCAGACUCAACUCGUCGCCGAGCGUUGCUGGCCGCUUCAGGAUAUUCAAAUGACCGACAUAUCGACACGUGCUACCGAUGAUCGUCACAAUAUAACCACUGCUCUCAACGUACGCAUAGGGAACGAGUCUUGGACCUUGGCCUCUUCCAGUGCUUCCGACGCUGGUCAAGAGGUCGGCACAUUACUUGUGCACUUCCGUAAAGCCGUCGAAGAUCUCCGUAAGACAACAGCCGCAGAUCAAGACCAUCGCGGUCGUGCCAUGGAUGAGCUUGCUUUCUUCACAGGAAAUGCCCGCCUCUAUAAGAAGGCUGCAAAUCAAGUCACCGACAGUGCCGCUAUAGACCAUUCCUCCAUCUUGAUUGAUGUAGAUGGCAAACAGCAGACCCUUCGUUGGGUCGAAAGUCAGAUUGAUGCGCUUGACCUUAACAUAGCACUACAACACUUCGAUGAUGCUGUCGCUCUAAGUGAGAAACUACGUAAACUAGCUCGCAACAUCAAGGGAAACAAUGUCGCUCAAGACAUAAUCCUCUCAAAGGUAGACCAGCGUGCAGUCAAGUUGGCCAAUAUGCUAGCUAGACGGCUUAAGGAUACAAAUUCGGCGGCGGCAGCUACCAAGGAAAAUGUUGGAUGGUUAAUGCGGUUGGGAUUCGAGGAGACGGCUCGCUCGGCUUAUCUGGAAUCUCGUGAGCAGGUUCUGCGGAGGAAAGCAAGACAAAUCCCUUUUACAGGAUCUCUGCCACCACAUCUUACUGCACUCUCUUACGUCACUUUCACGAUCAUUCUGCACACAUUCCGUACCUUUUCGUCCUCGUUCCCUCCUACUUCGUCAUCGGCGGUUGUCAAGUGGGCAAAAGAACGAAUUGACGAAUUUAAUGAGAGUUUGAAUCGCCAGCUCAGUAGCGUGGAGAGAGGAAGCUCUCUGUGGAACGAUUGCAUUGAUGUCGUUCGAGAGCAGGCCGCUGUUCUGAGCGAUGCUAGUGUGGACUUUUCGGGUCUUAUUGCACAAGGUCUCGUGCAGCAAACUUGA